ACAGUGUGCUCGAGGUCAGCGAGUUCGCGCACCUCCUCGUUCGCCGCAAGGUCCAGCGGGGUCCGGCCACUAUGUCCGUCCACUUCAGCUCACAGGUGUUCAGCUCGCGCUCGGCCGCCCUCCCUGGCCGCGGAGGCCAGGUGCGCCUGAGCUCGGGUCGCCCGGGCAGCCUCGGCAGCAGCAGCUUCUAUGGCUUGAGCGCCUCGCGGCCGCGGAUGGCGGUGCGCUCCGCCUAUGGGGGUCCAGUGGGCGCCGGCAUUCGCGAAGUCACCAUCAAUCAGAGCCUGCUGGCCCCUCUGCGGGUGGACAUCGACCCCUCCAUCCAGCAGGUGCGCCAGGAGGAGCGAGAGCAGAUCAAGACCCUCAACGACAAGUUCGCUUCCUUCAUUGACAAGGUGCGCUUCCUAGAGCAGCAGAACAAGAUGCUGGAGACCAAGUGGGUGCUGCUGCAGGAAUCAAAAUCAGCUAAGAGCAGCCACCUCUCUGGCCUCUUUGAGACCCAGAUUGCUGGCCUUCGGGGGCAGCUGGAGGCACUACAGAUGGAUGGAGGCCGCCUGGAGGUGGAGCUGCGGAGCAUGCAGGAUGUGGUAGAAGACUUCAAGAAUAAGUAUGAGGAGGAGAUCAACUGUCGCACGGCUGCUGAGAAUGAGUUUGUGGUGCUGAAGAAGGAUGUGGAUGCUGCCUACAUGAACAAGGUGGAGCUGGAGGCCAAGGUGGAUGCUCUGAAUGAUGAGAUCAGCUUCCUCAGGACCCUCAAUGAGACGGAGUUGGCAGAGCUGCAGUCCCAGAUCUCAGACACAUCUGUGGUUCUGUCCAUGGACAACAGCCGCUCCCUGGACCUGGACAGCAUCAUCGCUGAAGUGAAGGCCCAGUAUGAGGAGAUGGCCAAGCACAGUCGGGCUGAGGCUGAAGCCUGGUACCAGACCAAGUUUGAGACUCUCCAGACCCAGGCUGGAAAGCAUGGGGAAGACCUCCGGAACACCCGGAACGAGAUUGCGGAGAUGAACCGGGCCAUCCAGAGGCUGCAGGCUGAGAUCGACAGCAUUAAGAAUCAGCGUGCCAAGUUGGAGGCUACCAUCGCAGAGGCCGAGGAGCGUGGGGAGCUGGCCAUUGGGGAUGCUCGUGCCAAGCAGGAGGAGCUGGAGGCCGCCCUGCAGCAGGCCAAGCAGGACAUGGCGCGGCAGCUGCGCGACUACCAGGAGCUCAUGAACGUCAAGCUGGCCCUGGACAUCGAGAUCGCCACCUACCGCAAGCUGCUGGAGGGCGAGGAGAGCCGGUUGGUUGGAGAUGGAGCAGGAGCUGUGAACAUCUCUGUGGUGAGUUCUACUGGUGGCAGUGGCAGAGGGCUGGUCUUCGGAGGAACCAUGGGCAGCAACGCCCUGAGCUUCUCGAGCAGCGGGGGACCUGGAGCCCUCAAGGCCUAUUCCAUCAGGACCUCAUCUGCCACCCGAAGGAACCUCCACAACUAAGCCGUGGGCACAGACACACACAUCCCCCUGCCCACAGUCAUAGGAGGACUCUGGCCUCCCACCCCUGGUCCUGAGAUUGAAACAUAGUCUGAAAACUAAUGUCAGAGUAGCUUCAAUAAAAAGAAUUUCUGAGCCCUG